UAAAGCAAAGUAACUUAAGCCAUGUGAUUAAUUUACUUUAUCGCAGAUUUUUAUAUUCCUUUUAUAAUUUGUUUGCCUUGUAGUAAAGUUAUGAAGAAUUUCUCUACUUCAUUUGUAUUUGUUUUGUGUUUAUUCAAUGCUCAAGGAUUAGAUCAGAAGGCGUCAGCCAGCUUUGAAGAUCAAUCACCGGAGAUAAAUAAUUUCAGAACUCACGAAGAAAAUUAUGUGACAAUCGAGGAAGGAGAUAUUGAAUCAAAAUCUGUCGAGUCACUGCAGGUAGAUGGAGAGGUAGAAGGAGACGAGGUUAAUUCAAAUGCAACAGCUGUGUCAGCAGAAUCGCAACAGGUUGAUGGCGGUUUCGACGUCAAUGCAUCUGGCACAUCGCACGAGGUUAACACGGAUAGUUCUGCGAAUGGAACUGCAAAAGACAAGGUUGCGUCCGCCGAAUACAAAGAGCCGGACGCAGGAGGUGCUGAAGAGGAAAAUGUAAAUUCUGCAGCUGUGUCAAAUGAAUCUAAGGCUGAGAAUCGUGUAAGCGGUGACGUUCUCGUACCAACCGUCUCUUCUGAAGAGAACGACGGUCCUGCUUCACCUAAGAGCGAAGAAGAAAAAGAAGGAGAGAGAGAGGACAAUCAACCGGAAGCUAGCAGCAAGCUUAAAGCCAUUGAGAAGAAAGAGAUGAAGCAAAUACAAGCAGAGAAAGACGCUGCAGACUGGUCGAUGCUGCUGGGGAACCCGCAUCGUUCAAUACCGUCGUAUUACACGGACCUCGGGAGACGAUUCGUGCCGCAUUAUCCUUACGUGGAGAUUAAAAGACCAGCUACCGUCGAGAAGAAAAAGAAGAAACCACUUAACAUCGUUCGAGACGAAUAUGAAUUGGAUCACCUCAUUAAGACAUUCCUCGACAUCAAAACACGUGAAGAACAGAGACUGACACCACGUGAGGCAUCUCCAGAAUUCGUGCUUGAGAUCGCGAAACAAUCUGCACUCCUUAAUGCAAUGAGAGAUGUCGACCCAAACGAGUUCCAAUCCAACAUCCUGCGGAGUGGUGAUUACUGGAACGACGUUCAAGUAGAACAAAUCGAUCCAAGGUUGGCACUGAGAUCUUCAAACAAAGUGAAAACUUCUAUGAAUACACUCAAAGUGGUCGUGGCACCUGGUACGCAGCUAUUUAGCAUGGUGUCCAAGCUGAUGAAAAGAUCACCACGCUUACUUUAUGUAAUAAACAAAUCCGAGUAA